AUGGCUGGACAAGUUGCUUCAUCGCAAUCUUCUGAAUCAUUUGAGUACAUGCUGCUAGAAGGAGAUCCGUAUGAGCUAAGGCCCCAGUCAAGAUGCUAUAUCCUAUCAGGUAGGUCACCUGAUGAAAUCUAUCAACUAGUUGUACUAAGGAAAGAAAAACCAAAAAUUCCUAGUGGGCUACCUCGAGAAUUGGAAGAUAUUCUUCAUGGAUGCUUCAAAUAUGAUUUCAGAGAUCGUCCUUUAAUGAAAGAUAUUCUCCGUGCAUUUGAAAGAUGCAUAAAUGUUCAUAGCGAAAGUGAUGCUGAUGAUCAGAAAGCUGAAAAAAUAAGCCAUUUUAAUGACACUAAUUGGGCACUCCUGAAGGACCAAGUUCAGGUCGGUGAUGCUGUUUGCCCUCGGAAGGCCAGAAACUUGUGCAAUUCAGAGAGCACGGAGAAUCCAAUCUCAGAGGGAAUCAUUGUCGUGAAGGGUAGUGAUGACUACCUUCUCGUUCGAGUUCACGGAAUGCCAAUUCACAAUCCUUUAAGAGUGCACUAUUCUACAGUGGAGAGGGUGGCCUAUGGCUUUGUUGCUGGCGAUUGGGUACGUGCAAGUGAUGAGGACAAGAAGUGCUCUUUGGUUGGCAUCCUUCAACCAAAGUAA